AUGAAAUCAUCAUCGCAUUCGACACUUCAUAAUCGAAAUGUCGAAAAUCGUCCAAUACCUUCGGAAUACUUUUCGGGAAAUGAUUACAAAAAAUACACUGAUGAAAAUCCUAAACAGUGUCAAGCAUCUUCAUCUCAUAGUAAUGCGGAUUUAAUUACUAAUCAUUUAAAUGAAACAACAGCAGCAGUAAAAACAGCAAAUGGAACACGACAACAUCAAUGGACAAUAAAUGAUUUUGAAGUUGGAGCACCACUAGGUCGUGGACGUUUUGGUCAUGUUUAUUGUGUUCGUGAGAAAAAAAGCAAAUAUAUUGUUGCAUUAAAAGCAAUUAUUAAAGAUCAAAUAUCCACUCCUCGUUUAGCUAAACAGUUAAUCAGCGAAAUAUCCAUUCAAAGUCGUCUUAAACAUCCAAAUAUUUUACGUCUUUAUGGAUUUUUUCAUGAUGAUCAACGCAUAUUUUUAUUACUUGAGUAUGCACCUGGUGGUGAAUUAUAUCGACGUAUGCAAAAAGAGAAAAUUUUACGUGAAAGUGAAGCUGCUGGAUAUGUCUAUCAACUUUGUAAUGCACUAUCGUAUCUUCAUUCGAAGCAAAUUAUUCAUCGUGAUAUCAAACCAGAAAAUAUUCUUAUCGGCGUUUAUGGAAUUCUUAAAUUAGCUGAUUUUGGUUGGUCAGCCGAGAGAACUGAAACAAAUAAACGAACAACUCUAUGCGGAACAUUAGAUUAUUUAGCACCAGAAAUGCUUAAUGGAAGUGGUUAUGAUGAAAAAAUCGAUCUUUGGUGUUUAGGUGUAUUUACUUAUGAAAUGAUUGUUGGCAAACCUCCAUUUGAUAGUCAAACUCAACAAGAUACUAUUAGACUGAUUCGAACAAAUGAAUUAUCCUUUCCACAAGCUGCAUCAAAUCAUGCUCGAGAUCUUAUUAGUCAACUUAUUCGUCGUAAUCCAUCAGAGCGUAUGCCGUUGAAUGAAGUUAUUCAACAUCAAUGGAUUAUUGAAAAUGCCAAUAUGAAAGCGAUUGAUGAAAAUUAUGAAAAAAUUAAUAAAUCAACAUUAAUGAAUCAUAAAAAUGAGAAUUAA